CGGUUGUGUAAGAAAGACCAAAGCAGCGACGUCGGUAGUUUGUUCACGUAUCCGUAACCGGUAUUUUAAACAAGUUUACAAUGAAGUAUUUAAGCGCUAGUCGAUCUCAGUACCACUAACAGAUAUCGUUAUCCAAUCAUCUAUAAAAUAACUGGAUAAACAGUGUCAUGUAGUUACUAUUAUUAUUAGCACCAGAAAUGUCCCAACCACAGUACGUAAGUUACGGCAUCAACCGUGACUGUGAAACUCUACUCCAUAAAUUUGUUCAGACUGAAAGCGUACGAUACGAGCAGUUUGCUGCUAUUUGGAGGCAGAUGAACUUCACUCUUGUAAGAUGUGGACUCAAAACACAAACACAUGUUAAAGAGUUUAUGGAGGACACUUUCUUGACUGUGACUUCAUUCUUCUUGCCACCAUAUGGAUUUCAAGUUAGAGUUGGUGCAUUGUAUCUAUUAUAUGCUUUCUACUACACUCAAACUGAGGAACCUAAAAUAAAGAUUCGCAUCACUUUAAACCAAUGGCCCAGUGUGCUUGCAUUCCAUGAAGAAGUAAAACGACAACAACAUUUUGAUGCCGAUUAUAUCUUCCGAAAACUUCGAAUGGAGAAGGCUUUUUUAUUUGUUGCUACACCAGCCAAGGUAGUGCAAGAGAAGAAUCAGAUGGAUGCUAUUGAUAUUGAGUCUAAUUUAGACCGACCCAGUGUCUUAUCAGAUGUAUUUGAAGGUGAACCACUGGAGCAAUUACAGAGAAUUCAUGACAAAUACCAGAGUUUGAAGUGUGCAAUAUCUGGGAGUGAUGUGGUUGACAGGUCACUUGAUAUGGUGAAGGAACCGAUAGCAGAACAAAUAUCCAGAGUUAUUGAUGAACAUGAGGAGUGGAGAAAAAAGAAGAGAGAAUUGUCAAGAAAGAGUAAACAGGGUGCCAAGGCAACAUAUGGUAGUGAUGAGGAUUCUGAUUCUGAUGAUGGUGAUGAUAAUGAGGCUUCAUCUAGGAGGAAGAGAAUAGCUGAAAUAAAGAAACGAUCAUUUGCAGGUGUUAGCCAGGUAUCCCGAUCACGACGACAUCGACAGAACAUUUCUGACUCUCCUGAAAAGUCUCCUAAAAAGAAGGUGAAAAGAGGAAGGAAAAGAAAACAAGUCAACUUUGAUGAAAUGGAUGAAUUGAGCAAUCAAGAGGCCAGUACAGCAGAUGAGACUAUUAGUUCAGUACCUAACAAUGACAUCAAACUUAAUAUGCCAGUACUUGUGGAAGGAGAAAAUGAAACAACAAUAAAAACCAGAUCAAAGAAGAGAAAACAAAAUAGUGAAAGAGGUAGUAAAAAAGUGACAAAGAAAAAUAAUGCAAAAAAGCAAAAAAAGUGAUUUACUUUUGUUAUGCCAUUUGUCAUGGUAUUCAUGCACGUGUUUAACCGAGAUGUAAGCGUUGCACAUCGAAAUAUACAAUAAUGUGUUCAUAUAGCUACUCUCAGCUAGCAAUAAGUGAUAUAUUCUGGGGAUGUUAUUGGUUGAUUUU